UGCAAGAUGAUUCAAAAGUUCAGCUGAUAACGAAACAAUAUCUAAGGUAUGUUCUGAUAAGAAGUUCUUUUGAUCACUUUACCUUCAUAUCGUCAUGACAUUUUUGAUGUUGAUGCUAUGAAGUCGCUCCAGUAUUGAAACCAAAUUGCAUGCAUUGCUUGUGAUAUUUAUCUGCUACUGGAAAAUUAAAUAGUUGUUAAUGCGUGUGCUUACACGGUGCAAGUACUGAUAUUUUUGUUCUUUUCAAAUCAGCUGGUUAAUUUUAACUUUUCCAUGUUUAAGAUAUUUUUGAAAAAAAAUAGAGAAAGGAGGAUUGUAAAAAGGGAAAAAUCAUCCAUUCCUUUCUUGUCCCGAAGUAUAGCACAAGGGGACGAUGACGUCGCCGUCAACGUUGAAGACACGAGAGGUAAUGGGUUUAUGGAAGAAUUUUUCGCAGAGGUUGAAGAAAUCAGGGAGAAUAUCGAAAAAAUACAAGGAAAUGUUGAAGAAGUUAAAAAGAAACACAGCGCUAUUCUUUCAGCCCCACAAACAGAUGAAAAGGUUAAACAAGAAUUGGAAGAUCUUAUGGCUGAUAUUAAGAAAACCGCCAAUAGAGUACGAGCAAAAUUAAAAGUUAUGGAACAGAAUAUUGAACAAUUAGAGCAGACAAGUAUGAUGUCAGCAGAUUUCAGGAUACGCAAAACGCAACAUUCUAUGUUGUCUCAAAAGUUUGUUGAAGUUAUGACAGACUAUAACAAGACUCAAACAGAUUAUAGGGAACGUUGCAAAGCUCGUAUUCAAAGACAACUAGAAAUAACUGGAAAAGUUACAACAAACGAUGAAUUAGAAGAAAUGUUAGAAAGUGGUAAUCCUGCAAUAUUCACACAAGGAAUCAUUAUGGAGACGCAGCAAGCUAAACAAACUCUUGCUGAUAUUGAAGCUAGGCAUGCUGAUAUCAUCAAAUUGGAGACCAGUAUUCGAGAGUUACAUGAUAUGUUCAUGGAUAUGGCUAUGCUUGUUGAAAGUCAGGGAGAAAUGAUAGAUAGAAUUGAAUAUCAUUGUGAGCAUGCUAGAGAUUAUAUAGAGACUGCUGUGCAAGAUACCAAAAAAGCUUUGGCUUAUCAGAGUAAAGCUCGAAGAAAGAAGAUCAUGAUUAUGAUCUGUGUAAUCAUCCUGGUAGUGAUACUCGUAUCCACCUUGGGUGGAGUUCUGGGAAUGUAAUUCAACAACUUGCUGCACCUUACACUGUUAUACUCAUUCUGCAAUCUCACUCUAGGAGAAGCAAAUCUUCUUUUUUUUUUCUUUUUGCUUCUCCAAUUGUGGGUUGCGUGGGGAAAAAUAACUUAGUUCACUAAAGGUGCCAUUAAUAAAAAAAAACAGGUAGUGCUAUCCCACAUUCACAAAUGAAUGUAUAUGAAUAACUAAGAUAGGGAAAUGUUUUAGAUUACGAAUCAAAAAAAUGUUAAAGAGUUUGAAAAAGUUGGAUGCUAAUUUACACUCUCCUUUUUUUAAUUUAAUCCUGUAAUUUUUUUAUUUUAUUUCUAAGUCUUACAGAUCUUUAUACUGACAUAUUUCAGAUUGUUUUUAUUAUAAAUAUAUAUAUAUCUGAAGCAUUUUAAUAAUUUUAUAUAAAUAUUACCUAAUACAUAGUUGCAAAUGUUUUAUUAGUCCGUUUAUGAAUUAUUGUUAGAUUAAAUGUAUGAAAGUCUAACAAACUCUGUGAUUAAAUCUAUGUGCUGUUGAAUAUGUACUUAGAAAUGUGUCUAGUCUUUAAAUUUAAUUACUUUAUUACAUUCACUCAAUAAUAUUUCAUACUUAGUGUUGGUUAUGAGGCUCUAUACUUUGUGGUAUAGCUUUGCGAGUAUGCUGUAAUAUUUAUAAUUGUAUAAAUAAUUUUUUUUUUCACCUGUGCAUAUAUAUUUUUUCACUUUGUUCAAAUAACGCACAUAACGUUUUUAAAGUGAUUAAUGGCGCGAUCACUAUUCCUAUUAGAAUUUUAUAGGCUGUUUCUGUAUAAAGGGUUGUAAUAAAAUUGAAUUCUAAAAUGACUUUUUACUUCUCAAAUAUAAUUUUU